AUGAAAUAAGAAGCAUUAUAGGUUGAAUCUAUCUCCAAUGGAGAUUACCAUUUAGUUUUUCCAAAAGAAUUAAAUAUGAUUCCAACUUUAAUAAGACAGAAAUUUUCUAAGUUAAGUAAAUUAAUGCUAGUUAUGGAUUCAAACAUUAAUAGAAUAUAUGGAUCAAACAUGAUAAGCUUCUUCCAAAAAAGCUAAGAUGUAGAAGUAUACACUUUUGUAAUUUAAUAAGGAGAGACCCAGAAAAAUAUGGAGAAUAUUUCAAGCCUGAUGGAUAGUUUAUUCAAACAUAAAUUUAACAGGACUGAUGUUUUGGUAGGAUUUGGAGGAGGUUUGAUAACAGAUUUUGCUGGUUUUGCAGCAUCAAUAUAUAAAAGAGGAAUGAAAUAUGUAAGCAUUCCUACUACUGUUUUAGCUAUGAGUGAUGCAGCUAUAGGAUCUAAAACAGGAGUUAAUAACUAAUAUGGUAAAAAUAUGGUUGGAAGCUUUUAUGAUCCUGAGUUAAUUAUUGUUUGUGAAAAAUUUUUGGAAAGUUUAGAUGAUAGAAAUAUGAGCAACGGUAUAGCCGAAAUAAUUAAAAUAGCAGCAAUGAUAGAUUUAGAUUUAUUUGUUCUGUUAGAAUUAAAUGAUGUAAAAUCACUUAGAGAUAAUCCAAGCAUAUUGAGAUAAAUUAUAAGAAGAUCUAUGGAGCUAAAAAUUUCAAUUGUUUCUCAAGAUAAAUUUGAAAGUGAUAAAAGAAUGAUAUUGAAUUAUGGUCAUACAAUAGGUCACGGAAUUGAGACAGCAAGUAAAGAAGCUCUUUUGCAUGGUGAGUGUGUUAGUAUAGGUAUUAUCUUAGAAAAUGAGAUUGCAUUGCAUAGGUAUUAAACAUCUUUCAAAUUUACCAAAAGAGUAGAGAAACUCCUUCUUUAAUAUAAUCUACCAGUGGAAGUGCCUAAAUUUAUAAAAAACGAAGAUGUUCUUUUUUACAUGGGAAAUGAUAAAAAGAAUUCGAAUAGCCACACAUUUUAGAUUGUAUUUGUUGAAGAUGUUGGAAAGGUUAUUUAUAAAACUGCAGCUGUGAGUGGUUAAGAAGUUCUUAAUGUUUUGUCUCCUUCGGUAAAGAUUGGAGCUUCCGAUUUCUCUAAGAUUUCAGAUAACAUAGUUAUUUAGCUAGCAGGAUCAAAAUCAAUAACAAACAGAGUACUUAUACUUAGUGCUCUACUUGAUAAAGAAAUUCAACUUUAAAAUGUUUUAUUUGCUGAAGAUACUGAAGUUAUGAUGAAAUCAUUACAAACACUGGGCGCUUGCUCAAUUUAGUAACUUGAUGCCAAUACUGUUAAAGUUAAAGGAAAUGGAGGAGCUUUUAAUUUUUAAGAUGAGAAAGAAAUUUAUGUAAAUAAUAGUGGUACAAGCGCUCGUUUUAUAUGUAGUAUGCUUUUGCUGCUUAAGCCGAAUUAAUCAGUGGUUAUUAGGUGUUGUGAAAGAAUGAAAGAAAGGCCAAUUAAAGAUUUGAUUGAAGCUCUCUCUGAUUUUUUGAAUUUUGAAUACUUAGAAAAAGAAUUUUACUUGCCUUUUAGAGUCACAAAAAAAUAUGAAUUUAAAGGUGGUGAUAUUCAUAUUAAUUCAAAAAUUAGCAGUCAAUACGUAACUGGUAUCCUAAUGGCUGCACCUUAUGCAUUAGAACCUGUAAGAGUUAUUUUAAGCUAGACAGAAUAAAUAACUUCAGAGCCUUUCAUACAAAUGACAUUUGACAUGAUGAAGUAAUUUGGGUCAAAUAUUUACAGAGAAAAACAAAACAUUUUUAAUAUUAGCAACACUAAAUAUUUGUAUCCUAAAGAAAGUUAUUAUAUUGAGCCAGAUGCAGCUACUGCUAGCUAUGAUAUGGCCUGGGCAGUAUUGAAUUAGAAAAAAAUAAUAAUCAAAGGAUUUUAAAUACAUUCACUGCAAGGUGAUCUUAAAUUUACUGAAAAACUUGUUGGAUUAGGUUAUUGUGUAGAAUAUAAUGAUGUUGGAGUAAUCAUUAGAGGUGAUUUACCUUAAAAGGAAUGCACAUAGACUACAUUUGAUUUUAACGAUUGUACUGAUACAUUUAUAACUUUUGGCAUUAUCUUAGCUGCUCUAGAAAAUAACAAUAAUUAGUCUUAUAAAAUAGUUAACAUAGCUAAUUAAAGAGUAAAAGAGUGUGACAGAAUACAUGCCUUAAGUUUAAAUCUUAAGAAGUUUGGCAUUAAAACAAUUGAGUAUGAUGAUGGAAUAGAAAUUUUUCCCAACAAAAAGUAGCUUCUCGAAUAAUGUGAUAGCAAGCAAUCAAUUAUUAUUGAAUGCUUUAACGAUCAUAGAUUGGGCAUGGCCUUCUCAUAGCUAGGCAAUUUUAUAAAGAACAAAAAUGGAUAAAAUUCGUUAGAUAUUAUUUUGGAUGAAGGUGAUUGUGUCAAAAAAACUUUCCCAUCAUUUUAUAACCAUUUGCAGUAUUCAUAUUCAGCAAGAUGUGAAAAGGUGCACUUUUCUAAAAGUAAGCAUCUGAAAUAAGAAGUGGAAGAAAUAAACACAGUAUUCGUUAUUGGAAUGAGAUGCUGUGGAAAAAGUAUUUUGUCAAAGAAAGUUUCAAAUCUUCUUCACAUGAACAAUUUAUCAUUAGACGAUGAGCUAUUUAAUUAAUUUUAUUCCCAAAAAUAUAAAAACCUUUCAGAAGCAAUUAAUGCAGAAGGUUGGGAUACCUUCAGAAACAACGAAUUGCAGUUGUUAAAAUAAGUAAUCAAAGAAAACAAUUUAUAAAAAAAAUAUAAGAAUACUAUAAUAGCUUGUGGAGGGGGAAUUAUAACUAUACCAGAAGCUAGAGAGUUACUCAGAAAAUAAAAAUAUGUUAUCUGGCUAAGAAGAGAUUUUGCAGAUAUUCAAAAAGAUUUUGAUAAGAGAUAGAAUACUCCAGAUUAUUAAAAUACUUUGAAAGGUGACUAUGAAUAGCGUAGACCUUAUUACGAAUAAGUAUCUAAUUUUAUUUUUAACUUCCCAGGCUAUACUUUCUUCUCCAAAUCGAUUGGUGAGAAGGAAUACUGGAAAAGAGUGGAAAAAUCUUUUAAAGGUUACAUUAAAAGUAUAUUCAAUAAGCAGGUAAGAAAAGGAGGGUAAGAUGAAUACCUUUAUGCAGAAGAAUCACAUUUCUUAUGUUUAUAAUUUGAAGAUCUGUAAAGAUUAACAUUUGCUGAUUUGGUUUACAUUCAAAAAAAUUUUCAUGCAUUAGAAGUGAGAGCAGAUUAAUUUUUUGAAAAUAAUUUUGAUAAUCUUUCAUUCAAUAACAACUAUGCUCUACUCGAACACUUUACUCUUGUUUUAAGUCGACUAGCUUUGAUUUGCAACAAGUUGAUUUUAAUUUUCACAAUGAGAACCCAAGAAGAAGGAGGGUUACUUUAGAAGACAAAAAACAAUUACUAUUAAAUAAUUAACUAUAUUUAAAGAUAAAAUAUAUUUAACUAUAUUGACAUUGAAGUUGAUAUGAUUAAAAGAGAAAAUUCUAUUAACAUGAAACUAAUUUAACAAUAAAAUGCUUUAAUAUUAUCAAAGCACUUCAUUAAUCACUAAGAUUAAUAAGAAAAUAUAUAAACUACUAUUUAGUAAAUGAAAGAAAAUAUGAGAGAAUAGGAUAUAUUAAAGUUAGUGCUUUGCUCAUUUACAAAUUAUGAAGAGCUAGAAACUAUUAGAAGACAGUUGACAUCAAUAAAUCCCAAGUCUAUUAUUAUUUAGCUGGGUAAAAGUGGUAAAUUAUCUAGAGUUUAAAAUAAAUAUUUGACUCCUGUUUACGAUGCUAAGUUUGGUCCACCUACUGGAUAAGGUUAGCUUUAAAAGAGCGAGAUUUUACAAUUAAUUUAAGAACUAAAUUUAUCAUCUCACGAAAAGAAAUUCUACCUAUUCGGAACUGAUAUAAUGAACUCGCCUUCACCUUUUAUUCAUAACACUUGCUUUUAAUCUUUGAGCUUAACUACUUACUAAUAUGAAUUAGCUCAAAUAUCUUCUAUUGAAGAUUUUUAGCAGUAUAUAAAUCGUUAAGAUUUCUAAGGAGCAAGCAUCACUAUGCCAUUUAAGUUAGAAGUAUCUAAGUACGUUGAUCAUGUUAUCGGAGAUGCCUAACUUAUCGGCAUAGAUUCUCCUGUUAUCAAUACAAUAGUUAAAUUAAAUUCUAAAAUUUAUGGGUUCAACACUGACUGGUAUGGAAUUUUGAAGCCCCUCAAGAAAUAGCUAUCCCUAAAUGAGCAUUAUAUGUAAUCAAAAUAGAAAUUCGCCUUAGUAAUUGGAGCAGGAGCUACUACAUUAACCAUGGUUUAUUGUUUAAAUAUGCUAGGAUUUUAGACUCUAAUUUACAAUAGAACCUACCAAAAGAUAGAGAAGUUUAUAGGAAGAAAUGGUGUAAUUAAAGGUUUUAGCUCUAUAGAUGAUUUGGUUUUAUAUUUAAAGCAAAAUUUACAUGUUUAACUAAGUGUUAUAGCUAGCACUGUCCCUGGAAAAGCCGAAAUUGAUUUCAGAGAUAUAAUGUUUAAGUACAAGCCAACUAUAUUUGAAGCUUCAUAUAUACCAAAAGAAACUUCUUUAGUUUAGUAUGCUAAAAAUUCAGGAUGUUACACUUUUGUCUAUGGUUUAGACAUGUUAUUAUAUCAAGCCUAUUUGCAAAACCUUAUAUUCACAGGUAAAAAAGUUUUUAGAAAGCAAAUUUAAGAUUCAACAUAAAACUACUACAAAAAAUUGCAUUGCACAUAAGAUUGA